CUAGACUCAUUAAUAUUUAGAGUCUAGUCUAGAGCUUAUAGUUAUAUUUAUAAUAUAGAUAGAUCUAGAAAUAAUUAUUCUAGAUCUAUAUCUUUUACUUUAGAUCUAUGAUCCUAGAUCUAGAAAGUUUAGGGUAUUAAAGUAGGACGUCGUAGGUGCUCUCCUCUACUAAUAGUACCGAAUCUUAUCUAUCAUCUAUCUUGCCUAUCAAUAAAAAAAAGUAUCAAAGUGAAAUAACAGGUGACAUCUAGCCUUGUUCGGAUGAAUAAUUUGUUAAGGAAGGAUAUAGAUCUAGAAUAUAUAGUCUAUACCUGAAACUGAAAUCAUUUUGGGAAUAUUUUUGUAAUUAUGAAAAUGAAUGAUCAGAUCUAAAUGGAUGAAAGAAGUUCUGUUGAGAAUUCUAAUGCUUCUUCCACAAAUGAAAAUCGCCCAGAUCAAGUUGUGCCCAAAAUUGUGCGUCCUUAUCAUGCAUUACGAAAUCUACAUGGUCACAGAACUGUUUUGGUAGUUGCCUCUGAAACAACCCUCAACAUUCCAGAUGAUUUGAAAACUUUUACAGAAGGAGAGAAUGGAGUUAGUGUUCAUUUUACAAAAAAGCUUCCCCUUGCAAACAGUAGACACCCUCCAAUUGAUGUGAUUGUUCUGGUUUAUAAAGUAUUUCACAAGGACAGUUUUCAAACAAUAAAAGACAGUUUGCCUUACAUUGACAUACAGUACAUGAUUGGAAAAUGUUUCAUAUUGGUUACAUCUGAUAGUAAAUUUUGUCGCACAGACGUAGCAGAAAUUGAAGACUUUGCUGGGGCAUACUGUUUGCCGAUUCAUUUUGUACUUAAAGAAAAGGAUAGAGAAGGAGUUCAACGCCUCCAGAUACCUUCAAACUUGAUGGCCUUGUACUGUCCACGUUCUGGCAAAGAUACUAACAGCCUGCUGGCCAAUGCUACUUUAGUCAGAAGUGCACGAUGGUGUACGCUAUCAGAAAAGUGAAAUUGAUUGAAAUAUACAUUUUCAAACCUAUAUGCAUGUUUUAAUGCAAUGUAUAGCUGUCUAAAAAAUAUUUUAAUUUAUUUUUUUGUGUGAAAUGUAAAUAAACAGUUUAAAAAAUUG